AUGAACACCCUACAAGAAGCAAGCCGGAUAUACAAGGCCUUCCAGAAAGGAGGACCGACAUUCGGAGGAUGGCAGAUGCUCCCAGGGACAAACCACGCCCGGGCAAUUGCCCGUUCAGGCGUGGACUGGAUAUGUGUCGAUACAGAACAUGGCAACAUCAACGACAGCCAGAUGCAUGAAGCCGUUACAGCUAUAGCACACGCAGGUGUGAGCCCUCUUGUCCGCAUCGCAGCGAACGAGCCAUGGAUGGUAAAGCGCGCCCUCGACAGCGGUGCCCACGGCGUCAUAGUCCCGCUAAUCUACACUGUCGAAGACGCCAAAAAACUCGUCUCCUCCGCCAAAUUCCCACCUGAAGGAACCCGGGGUUUCGGCUCCCCCCUCCCCACCCAAUGUUUUUCAAACGAACCACUAACCUACUACCUCCGCCACGCAAACAACACGCUCCUCACAAUUGUGCAGAUAGAAACCGCCUCUGCGCUAGCCAGUUGCCGGGAAAUUGCGGCUCUACCAGGCGUAGACUGUUUGCUGAUUGGGCCGUUUGAUCUAGGUAAUAACAUUGGCCAUCCUAUCUUGACUUCGACUAUGGAUAAGGAGCUGGAAGAGGCGAUUGAGAGGAUCAAGGAGGCAGCGCAUGCGGAGGGGAAGAAGGUGGCUAUGUAUUGCAACUCGGGGGAGGAUGCGAGGGGGUAUGCGGAGAGGGGUUUUGAUAUGGUUAGUGUGCUGACGGAUCAAAUGGGGAUUACGGGGGCAUUUGAGAGGAGUUUGGGGGUGGCGAGUGGGAGGGUUGAGGGGAGUGGGGUCAAGGGGGUGAAGGGGUAUGAUGGGAAAUAG